UGUAUAUAUACAUAUUGCUGUUUGUCAGUGUUUUAAGAUGGCGGACUUAAAUGAGAAGUUGUUAGCAGAACUCCUCAAAAAACCUGGAAAUAAUGUGUGUGCGGAUUGUGGGGCAAAAAAUCCAGAAUGGGCUUCUUAUAAUAUAGGAAUAUUUGUGUGCACAAGAUGUGCAGGUAUACAUAGAUCAAUGGGUGCACAUAUUUCUAAAGUUAAACAUUUAAAACUAGACAGGUGGGAAGAUUCUCAAGUAAACCGAAUUAGAGAAGUUGGUAAUAUUGCAGCUAGACUUCAUUAUGAAGAACGUGUACCUCCAUGUUAUCGCAGACCAAAUCCAGAUGCACCACAAGUAUUAAUAGAACAAUGGAUAAGAGCAAAAUAUGAAAGAGAAGAAUUUUGUCAUCCAGAGAGACAAAAUCAUUAUGUUUCAGGAUUCAUGGAAGGUUUUUUAAUGAAACGUGGUAAAGAAGAUUCACGUUAUCACCCACGAAAAUUUGUUCUUUGUGAGGCAGAAGAUACUCUCAAAUAUCAUGUUAAAGAAAAUAAGGAACCCAAAGCUGUUCUUAGAAUAUCAGAAUUAAAUGUUGCUUUUGCUCCUCCUAAAACUGGUAAUCAAAAUAGUUUGCAAAUAUCAUUUAUGAAAGAUGGUACAACAAGACAUAUCUAUGUAUAUCAUGAAGAUCCAGAAGUAAUCACAAAUUGGUACUUGGCAAUACGAUGUGCAAAGUUACAUCGUUUGCAAGUUGCAUAUCCAGGAGCAACUGAGGCUGAAUUACUUUCACAGCUUACCAGAGAUUUUCCUCGUGAAGGAUUUUUAUGGAAAACUGGACCUAGAUAUACAGAUGCUUAUAAAAAAAGAUGGUUCACACUAGAUGGACGAAAAUUGAUGUAUCAUGAUGAUCCUAUGGAUGCACAUCCAAAAGGUGAAAUCUUCUUGGGCCACAGUUCAGAUGGUUUUGCAGUAAAAACAGGAGUACCUCCUGGUGCAAGAGAUCAAGGAUUUUCAUUUACUCUUGAAACUCCAGACAGAACUUAUCUUCUUUCUGCUCAAAGUGAUGAUGAUAGAUCACAAUGGAUGAAUGUAAUUCAAAAGGUCAUAGAUAAACCACUUACUCCACAAGAUGCGACUGUGGCAGCGCGUCUCAUAAGAAAACGCACAGCUAGUGGAACAAUGAAUAUAUUUUCUUCUACAAGGUAGGGCUGGAUCCCUCUUAGGUGCCUUUCCUAAUUGUUAAAAAUGAAUAUUAGAUGAACUAAUUAAGCUGAUCUAUUAAGACUGUUAAAGAAGUAGAUCACUCAACUCACUUGAUGGCAAGUAGAUAAUGUUUUAUAAUCGCACAAUGCUAUCGAGUCACAUAUGCAUAUUCAUUCAUAAAAAUACACGUUAUAUCUUACAUAUAUAUACCGUUAUAAAAAAUAUAUUUCAAGUAAACACAAGAUAAUUUUUACACAUUCUCAUAUGAGUAUUAUCAAUUUUAAAAAGUUUAAUAUGAUCGAAUAGCAAAUUUAAAUGAACCAAAUAUAUUAAAUUAAGUGGUUCUUUCUAAUAGUAUAAUAUAAAAUGUAUGUAAAAAUUGACAUAUACUCUUUAAAAAUACUUUUAACAUAAAAUAUAAAUACUUCUUGCUUGCUGUCGAACCAAA